AUCCCUCCUUGCUCUCUAGCUUGCACUUGGAAAACUCUCUAUUCCCACAUCUCUCAUUCAUACAUUCCCCUCCCCCGUCAGUCCUGUUAAAACUGCAUUUCCUCAAUAGUCUCGUGCUCCUUUGCUGUAACGUCCGAUCCGACCUCAACAUGGACUGGCCACCACUACAAGAGCAACUGGCAGGUAUGAUCAUCCCUUUCUGGAUGAUGUACUAUAGUGCUGGAUACCUGCUCCGUAAUAUGUACAAAACAUACAUCCAAGAACGAAACUUUCCCACCCCUUCGAACUUCUCCCAAAUCAAGGACACGUCCUUUUCGGAGUUUUGGGCUUGGUUAACAGCCCCGGUUGCCAGCCAGGAGCCUCCAUCUGGGUCUGCACUUUUGAUUCCUGGCAUUAUCGCUCAAGCCAAAGGCGUUGUUCUCGACAUUGGACCCGGGUCAGGAGCUCAGAUUGAGUUCUUCAAGAACCUCCCCGCCAUCAAGAAGAUCUAUGGCGCCGAGCCCAGCACAGGUCUUCAUAGUGCUCUAAGAGAGCGUAUUGCUGAAGCCGGCUUAACCGACAAAUAUCACGUGCUCCCAUGUCCAGCAGAAAAGAAAGCCAUUCUACUCAACCUUGCCAAAGCUGGCGUCAACACCCAGUCGGAGGAGCUCUUCGACACUGUCAUCUGUCUCCGUGUUCUGUGCUCGGUUCCCAAGCAAGAAGCCGCGGCUAGAGAGUUGUAUUCCAUGUUGAAGCCUGGGGGACAGUUGCUCAUCGUCGAGCACGUACGCAACCCUUGGCGUAACGGAGGAAGUCUUUUGGCCCGAGUGGCUCAGAUUAUCUACCAUUUCCUCGGCUGGCCUUUCUUCCUUGGCGGCUGUGAGAUGAAUAGAAACACCAAGGCUACAUUGGAGAAGAUCGGUGAUUGGGAGUCGAUGGACAUCAAAACGUCUUUCGGCUGGAGUGUUUUGCCGUGGUUGAACGGUAGAUUGGUUAAGAAGAGGUGACAGGAGCCAAGGCUGAGUCGAGUUCAAAGGAUUUGUUGUUUCCAUUGAUCCUAUGACAUACUGGAUCCUCCAAGAGAUGAAAUAUAGUGUCGACAUCUCCAGCUAUCUAUCUAUCAGCACUAGACAAUCAACUUCUAUGGAGCUUCGUGCCUCAACGCCUCCAAUGUAUCUGAGAUAGCUAAACCCCAAC